AAUAGAAUAGCAAACUUGCUUAUUCUUCUUGGUGAUGUUUGGUAUCUAUUCUUGUGCUUCUUUGGUCUUUCCUUGUGAUUGGAUACAAUAUUUAGGGUUAUACACUUUGGUAACCAAUUUCUGAAGAUACAGGACAUUUUCUGGUUUUGUUAUCCUGCAGGAACAUCCUUUCUGAUCGGAACCUAAUUCUAACAAAUUUUGUGUUCUAUCCAUCUUUCCUUUCCUUGAUUGAUGAGUAUUUGGGGUUCUGAAGAUGUUUUCUGUUUGUGCAGGUUUCAAAUGUUGCAAUUAAGGAGUGUUUCAUUGUGUUUCUUUUGUGUACACUGAUUUGACUGUUUGAUUUAUUUUUAUUUUUUUAAUCAAAGAAUAACUCGAGUCUAACAGACGGAAGUUGAAACCGUACUUUGCAGGUCCUCUUGUGUUUGUGCUCAGCAGGAAACAACACAUUUGGUUUAAUUCAUUGGCUGCAUAAGUUGAUACUCAACUGUGAGAGGAAGGACGCCCGUGGAAUAGAUAUGAACUACCCAACGAGCAUGUGGUCAGCCAACUGUGUUCAAAAGUAUCAGCUACACAUGGUACACUAUCUUUGAAAUGCUAAAGUGUCUGUUGAAGAUAUUAUAUCUGGCCUGGAUGGAAUCUGAGCUCUUAUUUUUGCUCCCACCUAAAUCGGAGUCUUGGUAAUCAUAUAGUAUCCUGGGAUCAUGGAAGAUUCUCUUCUGAAGAAGAAGCAAAGUAUCAGAUUUUGACUCAGCCGCUACGAUAAGAUAAAUGGCUCUGGCACCCAGGCACUACCCACGACAGGGUUCAGGCUUGAUGUGGGACAGUCUGUGAGGAUUCCAUCGACUCUAGGCUGGUCAGGUCGGAUAUGGGCUAGGACCGGUUGCAACUUUGAUGCUAAUGGCAUGGGAAAAUGUAUGACGGGAGACUGCGGCGGUAAGCUGGAGUGUGCCGGUAAUGGUGCUGCACCGCCGACAUCACUAUUUGAGAUCACACUUGGUCAUGGUUCUGAUGACAAAGAUUUCUACGAUAUCAGUCUUGUUGAUGGGUAUAAUCUUCCCAUAGUUGCUCUCCCAACAGGUGGUGGGCUAGUUGGAGCUUGUAAUGCUACAGGAUGUGUUGCUGAUGUCAACAUUAGCUGUCCAAAGGAGCUUCAAGUGAUGGGAGAGGAAGAGGAACAGAGAGGAGUUGUUGCAUGCAAGAGCGCUUGUGAGGCCUUUGGGUUGGACCAGUACUGUUGCAGCGGUCAGUUUGCUAACCCGACCACAUGCCGACCAUCAUCAUACUCUUCCAUCUUCAAGAGAGCCUGUCCCAGAGCUUAUAGCUAUGCCUUUGAUGAUGGAACCAGUACUUUCACUUGUAAGGCUUCUGAAUAUGCCAUUAUCUUCUGUCCUGGUAGGGUAAAAAGACCGGACAGCCAAAGCUCAGAUCCUCCCAGUCCGCCUCAGAAUCAGUUCGGGCAACCUGUGGUUCUUCCACCUCCGAAUCAGUACAGUCAACCUAUGGCUCCACCAACAUAUGGUCAACCAAUGGCUCCUCCCACCCAGAAUCAAUACAAUCAGCCUGUGGCUCCACCAACUCAAAAUCAGUACGGUCCACCUAUGAUUCCUCUCACUCAGAACCCACCUGGACCAAACGAGGAAUCAAUGACUCCCCCACCUCAAAAUCAAAAUGGGAAUGGGCAGUUCAUGCCUCCCUCUGGGAACCAAGUUCCAAACGAACAGUAUAUGAAUCCCCCAAUUCAGGAUCAGAGUCAAAGAGACACUCAAUCCUCAUCCGAUAUUCUUCGACCUUACCCUGUCUUGUUGCUUCUUGGUUUCAGUCUUACUGCUUUGAGGCAAUCAGGCACAACAUGAAUCGUCAAUAUUUUUCAUUUUUAAUGCGAAGUGGUGAUACGUAACCUCAUAGAUCCUGAGCGUCAUUAUCAAAGUCUCCACAAAAAAUUCUGAGCUUCAUUAUUCAAAUAGUUUGCCUUGAAAUGUCUGUACUGGCUUCGAAACUCGUACAUGUAAAACUACUCUAUUUGACGUAUAUAAUGUUGUCUCACCUAAAUAAAUGAAAUGUCAAGUUU